AAUUAAACACAUAGACGUUAGAAGAUCUCCUAUCAACUUCAUAUCACACUCGUCCCUUUAAAUUGUUUACAAACACAGCAGACAUUUUUAUUCCAGUUUAAUUUCUCUCUCUCUCUUCUUUCUCUCUCUAGAAUAAUGGCAAUGGCUGAAGCAGCAGCAGCAGCAGCAACAGCAGCAGCUCCGUGUUUGAUGCGUUCGGUUUCGCAACCGUUAUUCGCUUCUCGCGAAUUCAAAGAGGGAGACCCACUUCGAGCCCUAACAACAUCGGUAUCAUUUGGGCGGUUCAUGAACGAACCCUUGGAUUGGGAAAGAUGGUCUUCAUUUUCUCAUAAUCGAAUCCGAGAAGACGUUCAGAAACACUCUAGACCAGGUGCCGUUGCUGAGAAAAAAGCGUUUUUCGAAGCUUAUUUCAAUAGAUUUGCAUCCAAAAAAUCCGCAAAACCACCUAAAAAGGAAAACAGACCUCCUAAUUACUCCCCUCAAACACAUGUUAGCCCUGUUACUAUAUCAAACAAUAAAGAAAAUCAUCCACCGACGGUUGCUACCGAUGAAAACAUGCGUAACAAAGGGGCCGAAUCAGAAAUAACAUCAAACCAAGAUGUUUCCUCACCUAGUCCUCUUUUGCCGAAAACCGAGAAUGUCGAUGACAUUAUCUCGAAUACUUGCCUCGUGGAACAAGAAAAAACAUUAACCGAAAAUGUUUCCUCACCUAUAGUUCCGAGUAACACAGACAUGGAACGAGAUGUUGACGAAAUCGCGAAUGUUGAUGAAAAACCUAGUACUAAUCUAGGCGAGGAAAACAUUAGCGACGUUGAGGAAAACGUGUCGAGUGACAAAGGGACAGAAGAGGAAACAACAUCAAAGAAAGAUGUCUGCUCAUCUACUACUAAUCUUGUUUUCUCAGAAGUUAAGAAUAUCGAUGACAUCAUCUCGAGUGGUGGACAAAUGGAACAGGAAAAAACAUCAACCGAAAAUGUUUCCUCGGAGAAACAUUGUUCCGACGUCAAGAUUUCAAACCAGUCUGGUCAUGUUGACCGAAAUAAGAAAAGACAAAUCAAGGAUAAAAAAGCAACACAGACAAAAACCGAAAUUUCUUCGGUUAAAUCUUCAAGUAGAAAAGCACCGAUUCCUGAAAUUCACCCUAAAAAUCAAAUCUUUAAGCACAAUCCCAUGGUUUCAUCAGUCAACGGGGUAAAGAAAAAUACUCAUGCACUCCCAAAAUCAGAAAACAAAAGGUCUAGACCACUACUUGAGCGUUUGGUCAAUGGCAACAAAACAGUCGUCCCGAAGGCCAAUUCAACAAACCAUUCUGAUGCAUCAAUCGCGUCUACAAAGAAACCAACAUCUGUUACAGUGCCAUCAUCUUUUAGCUUUAAAAGUGACGAAAGAGCGGCAAAAAGAAAACAGUUCUUUCAGAAGUUAGAAGAAAAACCAAAAUUGAAGGAAAAAGCUAGGAGUGAUGAUAAAAAGUUGCGUUGGAGCACGGCUGUAGAAGCUAAACCAUUUACAAGCGAAACAAAAGGUCCAACUAAUAAGUUACAGAAGAUUAUGCAGGUACAAGCAACACAAACGUCACAAAAGCUUGGAACGAAGCCAAAGAAUUUUAUAGAACUUAAUAAGAAAAUGUUAAGUAGUUCCAUGGCUUUUUUGCGAAGUAGGAAAUCGCAUGACACCCGAAAUUGAUUAUAUUCCUUAUAAUGUAAUAGCCGGUAAUGCAUAGUUGCUUAUUUACAAGCAAGAUUGUCAUAAUAAUACUAGUUUUGUAUGCAAGGUAUAAAGUAUUAUUAUUA